AUGGAGUCAUUCAGAUGCAAGCGCCUCUCUCUUCUUGACGAUGAUGUCCUCAUUCGUCCUCUUCACUAUCAAAAGGACAAGCGCUCUGGGAAGGAGUACAUCAAGAGAGAAGAUGAGAAGAAGAAGAAGAUGAAGCAGAGCAAUCUUCUACAUCUCAGGUCAGACCUACAUCAGCGCUCCAUCAGAGCUACAUCAGAGGCCUUUUCACUGUGGAUCUUGGCUCUGUCCGCUUCCCACUCCACCAAUUCAGCCAGCCGCGAUUCAGGCACUCAGGACAUCGUCUACACUCUCCAUACCUUCACGGAGAAGUUCAGGGCUUCUCGCCAACCUCCAAGACACAAAGCUAAAAAGGGGGAGAUUGAAGAUGCAACUGGUUUGACGCAGAUCGUGAAUCAGUCAGGAAGUGCAUCAGGACGUAUGGACGGACAUGUAGCGGAGCUUAACGGAGCUAAAGGAUUGAUGCUGAGCUGGAUGCGAGCUUGUAGCGGUUAA